CAAAAAGGCAUAUGCUUGACACAUCUUGACUGUGUGACUCACACCACGCUCAUUAAGCUUGCUUACAUUAGGAGCUGCACGCGGAAGCAAAGGCUGUGUGAAGACAAAGUAGUGAAGGGGUUUUCCAUGUGAAAAAUGAAGAAAGAAUUAUUUGAAUAUUAGCAAAUCCACAACUUCACAUUUCUAGAGAACCCAGGCACAGCCUUGGAGACAUUACUCCUGAGAGACUGCAUUUGUUGGAAGAUGAGCCCCAACUUCUAAAAAUAUAUCACUACCAGGAUUGAGAUACAAACAGCCUUUAGGAAGGUAGCCACAUUCACAUUUUCAGAGCCCAAAGCAAGAUAUGUUACUAAGCUCUUCUUCCCUUUUCUAAUUCUUGCAGGUCUGAUCUGAGUAGCGGCUUCCUGCCGUCCUUCCUGGAGACAAGUCCGGCUUUUGGUGAGAAAGACUUUCUCUGACCUCUGCCCGGCCGAUGCCCAUGCUUCUGUGGCUGCUGCUGCUGAUCCUGAGUGAACAGAUGGACUAUAAUGGGACCAGGGCCUCCGUUCCUAAAGCUCCUAGAAGAGAACAAUCAGGGGUAGCUCCAAAAGCUGUACUUCUCCUUGAUCCUCCAUGGUCCACAGCCUUCAAAGGAGAAAAAGUGACUCUCACAUGCAGGGGAAUAUCACAUUCCCCCGCCCGCAGACACACGUUUUGGUAUCGCGAUGAGAAGUUUUGGAAAACAGAACAUAACGCAAUCCAGAUUAGGGAGUCUGGAAAUUACCAAUGCAAGACCCGAGGAUCCUCCCUCAGUGAUGCAGUGCAUGUGGAAUUUUCACAUGACUCGCCGAUCCUGCAGGCUUCACAUCCUGUCUUUGAAGGAGAUAAUGUCACCCUGAGAUGUCAGGGGAAAGAAGAUGAAAACGCUUGUGAAAAGGUUUACUACAAAGAUGGAAAACAGCUUCCUAAUAGUUAUAAUUUAGACUUCAUCAUAGUGAAUUCAGUCUCCAGGGACAAUAGCAAAUAUCAUUGUACUGCUACUUGUACGAUAUUUUCCAUAGUACCAAUUAAACGAACUUCAAAAAGCCUAAAUAUCCAAGUUCAAGAGCUGUUUCUACAUCCUGUGCUGAGAGUCAGCUCUUCCACGCCCAUAGAGGGGAGUCCCAUGACCCUGAUCUGUGAGACCCAGCUCUCUCCACAGAGGCCAAAAGUCCAGCUGCAAUUCUCCUUCUUCAGAGAUAGUCAGACCCUCGGAUCAGGCUGGAGCACGUCCCCCGAACUCCAGAUCCCUGCCAUGUGGACUGAAGACUCUGGGUCUUACUGGUGUGAGACAGAGACAGUGACUCACAACAUCAAAAAAAGGAGCCUGACAUCUCAGAUACGUGUACAGAGAGUCCCUGUGUCUAAUGUGAAUCUAGAGAUCCAGCCCACUGGAGGGCAGCUGAUUGAAGGAGAAAAUAUGGUCCUUAUUUGCUCAGUAGCCCAGGGUUCAGGGACUGUCACAUUCUCCUGGCACAAAGAAGGAAGAGUAAGAAGCCUGGGUAGAAAGACCCAGCGUUCCCUGUUGGCAGAGCUGCAUGUUCUCAUGGUGAAGGAGAGUGACGCAGGGAGAUACUACUGUGCAGCUGACAACGUUCACGGCCCCAUCCUCAGCAGGUGGAUUCAAGUCACUGUGAGAAUUCCGGUGUCUCACCCCGUCCUCACCUUCAGGGCCCCCAGGGUCCAGGCUCUGGUGGGGGACCUGCUGGAGCUUCACUGUGAGUCCCUGAGAGGCUCUCCCCCGAUCCUGUACCGAUUUUAUCAUGAGGAUGUCACCCUGGGGAACAGCUCAGCCACCUCUGGAGGAGGAGCCUCCUUCAACCUCUCUCUGACUGCAGAACAUUCUGGAAACUACUCCUGUGAUGCAGACAAUGGCCUGGGGGCCCAGCACAGUCAUGGAGUGAGUCUCAGGGUCACAGUUCCGGUGUCUCGUCCCAUCCUCACCCUCAGGGCUCCUGGGGCCCAGGCUGUGGUGGGGGACCUGCUGGAGCUUCACUGUGAGUCCCUGAGAGGCUCCUUCCCGAUCCUGUACUGGUUUUAUCACAAGGAUGACACCUUGGGGAAGAGCUCGGCCCACUCUGGAGGAGGGGCAUCCUUCAACCUCUCUCUGACUACAGAACAUUCUGGCAACUACUCAUGUGAGGCUGACAAUGGCCUGGGGGCCCAGCGCAGUGAAGUGGUGACAUUCAAUGUUACAGGAACUUCCAGGAACAGAACAGGCCUUACCACUGCGGGAGUCACGGGGCUGGUGCUCAGCAUCCUCAGCCUUGCUGCUGCUGCUGCUGCUCUGCUGCACUACGCCAGGGCCCAGAGGAAACCAGGAGGACUUUCUGCCACUGGAACACCUAGUCACAGUCCUAGUGAGUGCCAGGAGCCUUCCUCGUCCAGGCCUUCCAGAAUAGACCUUCAAGAGCCCACUCACUCUAAACCAUUAGCCCCAGUGGAGCUGGAGCCAAUGUACAGCAACGUAAAUCCUGGAGAUAGCAACCUGAUUUAUUCCCACAUCUGGAGCAUCCAACACACAAAAGAAAAUUCAGCUAAUUGUCCAACGAUGCAUCAAGAGCAUAAGGAACUCACAGUCCUCUAUUCAGAACUGAAGAAGAAAUACCCAGAUGACUCUGCAGGGGAGGCUCGUAGCAGAGGCAGGGCCCAUGAAGAUGAUGAAGAAAAUUAUGAGAAUAUACCACGUAUUCUGAACCCAGGAAAAGACAAAGUUCAAGAUUUUCCAUGUCUUUGUAACACUUAACCCUGUUCAAAUCAGAGUAUGUGAGUGGAAAGAGGAGUGAGUCCUAACUGUACAUUUCAGAUAUAACAAAAGUGCAAAUUCUGAUUGCCCUGUAAAAUGAAUUAUUCUCAUGUAUUGCUCUACUUGACUUUUCCCUUUGAAUUCACAACUAAAAACCCAUAGCCCAGAAAUCUAAAAAACAGUAAUUUUAAUGGAGCCUUUGAAAAUAAAAGACCAUUGGAAAAAG